CGGCGCGCUCGUACGCGCCCCACCGCUCAUUGCCGACCUGACCGCAAAACUGACUACACGUACUUUUGCCGACGCGUCUUCCAACUUUUUCUCUUACGAAAAUACUGUGAAAAAAAAUAUUAAUCGCUACAAGUAAAAAAAAAAAAUUGCCAAGACGGCGAACAAAAAACAAAAAAACCGUUUCGCAUUGCGAAUAUUAUACCGCGACAUUUGACGUUGGCGAUUGUUUAGAUCACGAGUCGCUUUCGGUCAUUACUCGUAAAUUUCUUUUAACAAAAAGAGAAAUAAUUUCUACUUUUUGUACUGAUAGCGACUCUUGUAUCUUUGGACGUGGCCCGGGAAGGAACUGAAAAUGUCGAAAAAACAUCUUCACAAUCAAGCUGCUAUACCGUUAGCUCCUGCGGUGUUUAAGAAACCACAAUUGCGUCCGAUGAUAGCCGAAUAUGAUCACAAGAAAAAAGGAGUUAAAAAUGACCUUUCAGAUGUCGUCAUGGUCAAGUACAAAGUUGAUCCGAAUGAGAUCCCAGUGGAACAACAGGCGGGAUCCACACUCCCCCUCAUGGAGAUUCCGGGCCGGGAUAUUGAGGCGGAUGAGGGAUAUAACCCGUUCGAACAUAGAAAACUGGCGCACCCUACGUCGGAUAUGGAUACUUUAAUCCAUCUGCUGAAAGGGUCAUUAGGCAGUGGCAUCUUAGCUAUGCCAAUGGCUUUCAUGAAUGCUGGUUUAUACUUCGGGCUUGUUGCUACGUUCUUAAUUGGAGGAAUAUGCACCUACUGUGUGCACAUCCUCGUGAAAACAGCUCACGAGCUAUGCAGAAGAAUACAAAAACCGUCUCUGGGCUUCGCCGAAACCGCUGAAGCUGCAUUCUUAUCUGGACCACCAGCUGUGCACAAAUUUUCAAGACUUGCCAAGGCUAUGAUAAACUGGUUCCUGGUGAUCGACUUACUAGGUUGUUGCUGUGUGUACAUCGUAUUCGUCGCUAAGAAUGUCAAGCAAGUCGUCGACUACUACGCUCAGACAAACGAUUGGCUUCCCUAUGACCUGGAUGAAAGGAUCUACAUGGUAGCGAUGCUACCCCUACUUAUUAUGAUGAACCUUAUAAGAAAUCUGAAAUAUCUCGCGCCCUUCUCAAUGAUUGCGAACCUUUUGGUCGGAACAGGAAUGGGCAUAACAUUCUAUUAUUUAUUCCAAGACAUACCGGCGUUAAGCACACGUCAAUCAUUUGCUGGGUUCGAACGCUUACCGACAUUCUUCGGAACUGCUAUUUUUGCACUUGAAGGCAUCGGUGUUGUGAUGCCGCUUGAAAAUAACAUGAAGACUCCGACCCACUUCAUAGGAUGCCCUGGAGUACUUAACACCGGCAUGUUCUUCGUUGUUUCCCUUUAUGCUCUUGUUGGAUUCUUUGGAUAUUUGAAGUUUGGUCCUGAUACUGCUGGCAGUAUAACAUUGAACUUGCCCGAAUACGAACUGUUGGGUCAAAGCGUGAAAUUGAUGAUCGCCGUUGCUAUAUUCUUCACAUACAGUCUGCAGUUCUACGUGCCAAUGGAGAUUAUUUGGAAAAAUGUCCGCCACUUUUUCGGAGCCAAAAAGAACAUUGCAGAGUACAGCAUUAGGAUCUUCGUCGUACUUUUGACUCUCUGCACGGCCAUAGCUAUUCCGAACCUCGGUCCUUUUAUAUCUCUCGUCGGCGCCUUGUGCCUGUCAUUCCUUGGCCUGAUUUUCCCCGCAGUCAUCGAAACUGUAACCUUCUGGGAUCGCCCUAACGGUCUCGGACGUUAUAACUGGGUGCUGUGGAAAAACAUGUUCCUGGUCUCUUUCGGAAUCCUCGGCUUCCUAACAGGUUCCUAUGUCAGUAUUCUAGAUAUAUUCUCGGGUAAGGAAUGAGAGACUAACGCGAAAGACUAAGCUAGAAUAAGGCUCAAAUUAAAUGUUUUAAGGGCUAAGAUUUUUUGGUAUUUGCUUUUAGUAUCAUUAUUUCAUUUUAUAUUAUUUUAUUUUGAUAAGAGAUUCGCAAUUACCCCGAGUUUACAAAGCUCAAAGGUUAUUUGUCGAGAUUAGUAUUACACUAUUGUGGUAGUUCGCGUAAAGCGGGUUGUGUUUUAAUAUAAUAUUAUGUUGAUUUAGCCCCGAAUCUCUGUAGCCAUUUCACAUAGAUCUAAGAAAAUGUAGAUACCUAACUUUAUAAAUGUGUGAGAAUUUUUCUAGUGCAUUAUCGAAAUGUGAUAAAUUAUUAGGUUACGUAAAAAGGCAUUAUUUGCUUUUUAAAAAAAAAUUGUUCGGAAAAACUGGCAAUUAAAUUACAACAUGUCUGAAGCUAAAUAUUUGUUGCAUUUUUUGGGGUUCACACGAAGAAAUUUGAAACAGUUAAAGGCAUUUUCACACCUGAAAACAUAGUGACUUUAUAUAUCAAAUCAUAUCGAAAGAUAAAUCGCAUUUACUUACCAUUUUGGCACGCCAUGUUAUAGGUACGUAAUAUUAAUCGAUCAUCAGCGUCUCAUUGCGAGGACGUAAUCUAUACAUAUUUAUAGUAAUUAGAUACAUCAAGGAUGUGUAUUUUUGUAUUUUUAAAGCUUCAUGUGGCAUGAAACUAGAAAAUUUAAUAUUUUGACCUAUUCAAUAAACAACGUGAUUAAGAAUCAUUUGUAUAUUGAAUUAGUGUGUCAGUUGUUUUGCGUUCUCAAAUAUCAAACGUACUAUUAAAUAUAACUUUAAAAAUGUGAUAAUUUUCAAUUCUUUGUUUGGCGCGGCUUUUAAAUAAUAAAAAUAUGGAUAUAAUAACUGCGAAUAGAUAAAACUUAAUAGCAUAACAUUUGCACUGUAAUAGACAAAAGAUAACUACAGCUUAAAUUAUUACGUAUGAUAUGAUGAGGUAACAAUAUUUGUUGUUUUAUUGUUUUUUUUUUGACGCACAUAAAGUAAUAGCCUGUGAAUGUGUUAUAAAAAAACAUUAUAAUGUUUAUAUUCCAUUUUGUUUCUAACUGAAACGUGUAUGCGUUUUAUGUCUAUCUGGACGAAGUCGCGGGCAAAAUCUAUACCUGAACAAUAAUAAUGGUAAUAAUAUUGCCCUGUUUAUAAGCUGUCCCAAUGUCUCAGAUCGAGAAAAGUUUGGCCAUAGUAUACCAAACCGACCCAGUACGGGUUGAAGGUAUAGAAAUUUUCUAAACUUCACACAUCUUUGAGAAUUCUCAGACAUGAUCUCAGGUUACCUCGUGAUGUAUUAAUUCAUCGUUAAAGUCAUAGAAAAAUUACUAAUUAAUAUGAACUUUUGCGUUGCAGUGCAAGUUGAGAUCGCGCAACACCAGACUAUCACUUGCUAAUAAGUAAUUUGUUUAUGUCUAUAUUUUAAAUUUUAAUCAGAAAAUAAUAAAGAUUAAGUGUUUCAAAAUGGUACGAUGACAGAUUUUGAAGGAUUUUCUUGACAAACUGAAUUCUUUGCGGGCGAAGCCGCGGGUUUAGCUAGUAUAAUAUAUUUUCAUAAUUAUUUUAUUGGCUAUGUUUUUAGCAGUCUAGUUUUGAUUUUAUAGACUAAAAAAUUGCCUGUUUGUGAUUUAUACUUUUUUUUUUUUUCUAUCCUCGACAUAGCAGACAAUACAUGUGGUUGUUUUAAGAAGGCUCUUUUGCCUCAGUAAAAUUCAGGAUUUGAGGUUAUAGGGUAAAAUUACUAUUAUUGACUUGAUGUUCUUGAAAAUUUUGGAGUAUUGAAACUCUUGGAGUAUUGGAAUAAUCGCUCUAUCAAUUUUGAAGAUAAGUGUAACUAAUGUCAAAAAUAGUAGUUUUCUCAUAUUUCUUAAUAUUUUAAAGAUAUACCUAUUAUAAAUUCAUAACAAUAAUAAUAUAAGUUUGAUAAUCAAAAUAGACUACUAAAUUAUGAAAUUGUAACAAAAUACUUUACUGCCUACUAAACAGUGUAAGUCAAUUCAACAAUGGCUUUUUGAAAUGUUUACUAAAGUUAAUGACGUUACUAUUAAUAUAUAACAACGCGUAAUAUAUUUAACGUAAAGGUUUUCUUACUUAAAGGAAAUCAUUCCUAUUAAUUAUUUUUUGGUAUGAAUUACAACAUACCAGAAAAGUAGUGAUUGUUUUGUUACAGUAUUAAAAUAAAUCAAUUUUAAGGGA